AUGGAGACGAACCUGGAGAAGAAUGCGCCGAUGCGGGGUUCCCGUUUCUCCUGGCUGCGGACGAAGCGGGCGAUAAUAGGACUAUCGCUUGUGACUUGUGCGGUUAUCGUGGUGAUUGUCCUCGCCGCUACGCACGUUAUCCAUGGAGGCGGAUCUUCUCAGGACUCUGGUUCGAAGCAGCAGAUAGGUGCAAAAAUAACAUCUAGUGCUGGCCAGGCCGUCUCGACAAGCUCAUCUGCUUCUGCAGUGUCGACACAGUCCUCUUCGUUGACGUCUUCUUCGACACCGACAUCUUCGGCGAAGACAAAGCCAACGACUACAAGUUCCACGAGUUCGACGGCUUCCACGUCUUCCGCGGCGUCCACGGACGUACCGCUGAGAAUCAUGGCUCUCGGUGCAUCCAUCGUCAAGGGCGAGACUUCGCCUGGCUACUUGGGCUUCCGCAAGCCAAUGCGCGACGAGUUGGUAAACCUGGGGUUCGUGGUCAACAUGGUAGGCUCGAUACGACUGGGUGACUUCACCGACAACGACGUGGAGGCAUAUGGAGGGAAGAAGAUCACACAGAUGCAGGACUACGCCACGCAAGUGGUGCCGGAGGCCCAGCCCAACCUAUUCCUGAUCAACCUGGGCACCAACAACAUCCUGCAGAACAAGGACGUCGACAAAGCGGGCGCGCAGAUGGAGGACCUGACCAACUACCUGCUGGCGGCGUCCAACCAGUCGACCGUCAUACUGAGUACCCUGCUUAUCAACAACGUCCCGAAGAAGGAGCCUAUGAUCUUGGACAUCAACGCGCAGUAUCGCACCAUCAUGGAGGGAUUCGAAGCCGACGGCAAGCCGGUGGUCCUGGCGGAAAUGCAUCCGGAUGAGGGUGUGUCGGACGUGCCCACGCUCGCCGAUAUUGGCCCUGAUGGCUCGCAUCCGACGGUCGCAGGAUAUGAAAUCAUGGGUCACCUGUUUGUGCAAGCGAUCCAGGAAGCCAGCGAGAAGGGUCUCAUACGGAAGGCCGUGGAUAACGGCACACCGGAUGAUGGAGAUGCUGAGAGAGCUUGA